AUGCUGCUCGAGUUGCUCCUUCUUGCGCUGCUCUUGCUUCUUGGCUCUCUCUUGCCCCUUCCUUGCUUUGCGCAACAGGAGAAGCAAAAGCACAACAGCCAACGGUCUUGGUCUGUCCACGUCCGGCAUCGCUUCGCUUCAACUCUGCUCCGCCAAACCCCCGCUGUGCACCUGACCCCGACUCUCCGCAUUGCAAAAACCCGCACCAUGCAUGAUGUCUUGCCGUCAUACUCAGAGGCCAUCUCACGCCCCGACUGGCUCCAGCUCGCGGCCCCGUACAUUGCAAUCACCGACUAUCCGGCUCUGUGUCGGGUCAGCAGCCGGUGCUGGCACAUCUUUGCUCCUCUGCUCUGGAGAGACCCGUGUGCGUGGUCCAAGCGCCUGGGACGGAGCACAGACGAUGAUACCGGGGCCUUUUGGGGCCGCUUCCUGCUCCGAGACGCGCGCCUGCUGUCCCCCAGGACGCGGGGCCUGAUCCGGGUGGUGGAUGUAAGGCAGGCCAUUGCGGUCAACGAAUACAACUCCUGGGCAGAGAAUGCCGCAGACCACUUUUGCAGAUGCCUCGCGCUGCUCCCAAACGUAGAGAGCCUCUUGGUCGAUGAUUAUUGCCGGGUCAAUGCCCGCUGCCUCGACCAUUCGGACCCGUCCCGUCCAUAUCGCCGGCUACUGAUGCUCAGCCUGAAGAACACGAGCCAUGGAAUCAGUCCUUCUCUCACAGAGUCCAGGCACCUCCGGGCGUUGGUUUACCUGGACAUAUCGGGUCCCGCGCCUGUUUCUUUCGCAUCACUAGACGCAAACUGGUUGCCCGAGUUGCGUAUCCUCAAAAUGCGCGGUAAACAGCUCAGCGACUACCGCUGGGAGGCGUGGGCGCAGCGUUUCCGCUGGCGCCUCUGGAGUCUAGACAUAAGCGAUAACGAACUGACUGAUGAGUCCGUGCAUAAAUUGGCGGGGUUGAUUGACGUGAAUACCCAUUUGCGCACAACGGACCGCUUUGCAUCCGAGGGUAUGCUCGAACGAUGGCAUCAGUGCGGUGCUCGUGACCAGUACAUUCUCCGCGAGUCAUCAGAGAGCCUCAUCUUCUCUCCCGGCUCGAGAUACCUCAUAGACGCCCCCCCAAUCAACAGCCUGGAUGGCGCUGAUGACCCGGAUGCAUCCUGCACUCGGGUACGAGCCAAUGGCUCUGCCCCCGUGCGUCCUGAUACACUCAACGGUGUCUUGGGCCUCCUGUCUCGGCCUGGCGUCUCCGGUGCUACAGAUCACUUGCCAGGACACAAAGGCGUCACGCAUCUGCACAUAUCGGGCAAUAGGCUGACUGCAGACGGCGUUCAACAGCUUCUCAUUUGCUCUGAAGGCCAUUUGGAGCUUUUUGACUGCGAGAGAAUGCAGUUUUUCCCACCGAAGCGAAGGACGACGAAGGAAUACCCACCAAGGCUCAAGGCCCCCAGACUUCAUGUCUCCAGCGUCGUGCGGAUGAGCGGUCUUCCGGGCUUUGGGCAUCUAUUUCGUCCCGUCUAUUCUUCCAACCUUCGAGUUCUAAGAAUACAUCACUCGCUGGUGACGAAUAUCCCUUCCCUCACAAUGGAUGGCUUACGGUCUAUUGAAUGCGCGUACCUGGCGGAGAAAUGCGUCUUUCCGCGUCUUGAAGAAGCUUACACGCUACCCUUUCUCCCCGAUAUGAACCCACGGCUGCAGUCUCUUACGUUGACUUGUGUACCCCGAUACUCGUUCGGCCCCCUCAUCUGCAGGCUGGCGUUCUUCUUCCGCUCCUUGAGCCUGCAGGCCGAGGCGCUGUCUACCCUGGCGCAAAAUGCCCAGGCGGAAGGGGGGCGGCCCCCGCGAUUGGUGAGCGGCCUUAGGCAUGUGGUGCUGGAAUUGGAACCAGAAAUGGCCGACGAGUCUCUAGACAUUGACAUCGAGAACCUCAUGGCCAGUGGAGAAACACCAUUCAGCUUUUUUGAUUCUCCCUUGACCGAGGCCAGCAACACAAACCCCAAGCAGCCCCGCGCAAUCGACCUUUGGAGAGAAACAUCCGGCCCGUCCGAGGCUCCCCCGGUCAAGCUCGUCCGCCAUGACGCGCCGGAAGGGCACAAUCCGAUGAGUCCCGAUCAAACAAGUCGUAGUGAUCCCGAGCGCCAAGUAUGGGUGCUGUAUGCCAACGUAAAUACUGAUAUGUCAGGGGUUACGCAUACGUCUCAUUCAGUGGUUUGGGCUGGCAAUGGCUGGUCAACAAACCCCGUCAUCCGGAAAUACAACCAUUUGGUCGUCAACUACCGCCUGCAAGAGGGCAUCGGGCCAGCUACCAUGCAUCAAACUAGGGCUGGUGCUCCAGCGGGCUGUAUCCUUUUCCACACAACCUGGCUCUUUGCUGCCAUGCCGCAAGUCUUGAAGCUGCCAACGGAUGUCGACUCACUGAAAAGGCUGGACGUGGCCGCAGAGUUGCGGCAGCGUUGGUGCCGGACGCAGGAGGACUACCAGAGGGCAAAACAACGCUACCCUAAUAGACAGUAUUUUACCUGGGAUGGCAAGUUUGAGAUUGUCGAUCCCGAGCCGGUGGCUAACGACUGGAUACUCUGGAAAGCGCAUAGUGAUUAUGAACCUCCGUAUGAGUUUACGAAAGAUUGA